GAGCGAACAAAGUAUCACAAUUGACAUCUAAACCAGCCCUGCCGGAACGAAUCAUCAUCUCCUCUCCUCGAGCACCCGUAUCAUAAACUCUCCACGGCAACCAAGUUUAGACUAGGGAGAAGGAACAAAAGCCUUACUCGAGUACACACUGUCUUGGCAUUCCCCUGUUGUUUUUGUUGUCUUUGCCGGCAACCAACCAACGAAUCAACGAACCACUCUUCUUCACACGACAACGCCUUAACCUUCAUCUACUUCAUCCGAUAUCCUGCCCUUUCCUGCUCUCGCUCCUGACCCCAUCGCUUGGCCACCCCAACAAUACCCUCUAUUGUUAUCGAUAGAAAUAUAGCCUCUCAUAUAGGUAUAGAUCCAUCUCCCCACGUCUUACCCCUCCCCCCAUCGGUCCCUGUCAUCCGUCUGUGCGACUACUUACAUUUUUCCCCUCGGCUGUUCAGGAAAACAUUCACAAUGGCUGAAGAAGAGCCCGACUACUCUAACCUCCCUCUCACCGAUAGAGCAGUUCACAAGGUCUGGAAGGUUCGCAAGGCGGCUUACGAAGAAGCGGCUGCGUGAGUUUUAUCCAUCAUCUCUUUCACCUGGCCGGUGGACUAACAACGGCUUGCUUCCCAUAGUGAAUUUGCAAAAUCACCCGAUGAGGGUGCACCAUGCUUUCGGGACUGGCUCAUGGAUUCUGGGCUCUGGAAAAAAAUUGUCCUGGAUUCCAAUGUUGCUGCCCAACAAGAGGGUAUCACUGCGCUCUGUGCCUUCUUACAGUAUGGGGGGGUAAACGCUUGUUUGCGGUACAUGAAUCCAGGCCUCUCACCUAUGCUCGAGGUAUAUCAUGACUGACACUGGUUCGCUUCACUGUUUUGCAGAUCAAGGUCCCACACAAUCUCUCCACUGGUCGAAAAGGGACUUUCGUCAACCCGUGCGGGAACGAAACAGAAGUCGCUUGAGGCUGUUCUUUUAUAUAUAGAGCUUGAUACGCCCGGGCCCGUAUUGGAUGAACUGGCUCCAUAUCUCUCACACAAGAUGCCUAAGAUCAUUGCGGCUACAAUCACAACCUUCACCUCAAUAUACACGACUUUUGGUGCGCGAACGGUAGAUCCAAAGCCUGUCCUCAAAGUGCUCCCGGCCUUGUUUGGCCAUGCGGAUAAGAACGUCAGGGCAGAGGCUACCAAGUUGGCUAUCGAGCUGUAUAAAUGGUUGAAAGAUGCAAUGAAGCCCAUGUUUUUCAACGACUUGAAGCCGGUUCAACAGAAGGAACUUGAGGAGGCCUUCGAGAAAGUCAAAGACGAGUCCCCAAAACAAGAGAGGCUAUUGCGGUCCCAGCAAGCUACGACAGGUGGCGAAGAAGAGCAAGGGGAGGAAGAAGUCGAGGCGGAAGUGGAUGCCUUUGAUUUGGCUGAGCCUGUUGACGUCCUUUCAAGGCUUCCAAACGAGUUUCACGAGAUGAUUGCUUCAACUAAGUGGAAGGACCGGAAAGAUGCACUGGAAUCACUGUUUGCCUUGCUCAAUGUUCCUAGAAUCAGGGACGGAGAUUUCAACGAAAUUAUCCGGGCCUUAGCAAAGUCCAUGAAAGACGCGAACGUUGUGGUUGUGACCGUAGCCGCUAACUGUGUGGAGCUACUUGCAAAUGGAUUGAGGAGAGCUUUCGGACGGUACAGAUCCUCCAUCAUGACACCCAUUCUUGAACGCUUGAAAGAGAAGAAGCCCACGGUGGUAGAGGCCCUAACUAAAGCCUUGGAUGCAAUCUUUGGCGCGGUAUGCCCCCCAUUUCUGUGCUUCAAACACGCUUGUCCGGCGCUCUUGCUAAUGGCCAUCAGACUUCCCUCACAGACUGCCUCGAAGACAUUCUGGAAUACAUGAAGCACAAAAACCCCAACGUCAAACUCGAGACAUUGCGAUUACUGAUCCGUUGCCUGCGCAACACCCGCGAUUUUCCCUCCAAGGCGGAAUCCAAGUUGAUUGCUGAAGCCUCCGGAAAACUUCUAAGUGACACUACAGCUCCUGCUCGUGAUGGAGCUGCUGAGGCUAUGGGGACGUUGAUGAAGAUUUUGGGUGAACGACAGAUGAACCCAUUCUUGGAUGGAUUAGACGAAAUCAGGAAGGUUAAAAUUAAGGAGUUUUUUGAGACCGCUGAGGUCAAGGCAAAGGAGAAGCCGAAACCGGUUGCCCCACCGCCAGCUGCGAAGGCUCCUCCUAUGAAGAGGACUUUGGGCGGAAAACCUGGAUUGAAGAAGAAGGCGCCUCCAGUGACCGCAGCUCCCCCACCGCCUGUAGAGGAGCCCCAAAGACCCAUGAAUCCUCCAAGAGCCAUUCCAAGCAAACUGAGUGCGCCAAGGGCCGGUCCUGGUGGGCUAAAGUUAAAAAAACCAGCAAGUGCCGGAGGUCCUGGUGCACUAGCUUCACCGAAGCGCACGGCUGCUCCCGGAGCCCCCUCCCCCGAAGAAGAACCGCCGGCGCCUAGGGUGGCUUUUGGUGGGAGAGGCUUGGCCAGUCGGCCGUUGGCUAAGGAAGUGGCACCUGCUGCAAGAGUGGUUGAUUCGGGCCUUAGCGCUCUGGAAAAGGCCGAGUUAGAAGAGUUGAGAGCCGAGAAGGAUAGAUGGGCAAGACAAAUUCAAGAAGAGAAAGCGGAGAAGGCUAAAUUGUUUCAGGAAAUCAAUGAACUGCAACUCCAGGUUGGUUUCUCGUCUUCUCUUGCUAGUCCACUAAUCAAGCUAACUUACCCAAUAGAAUGCUCAACUAAUUGAAGAUCAUACAAGGGAUAAUCUUUCAAUCCGUGCCAAGGAGGCCCAACUAGUCCGUGCCCGCUCUGAUGCAGAAACCGCCGAGGCCACCGUUCAUAAGCAGCAGCGCGAGAUGGAACGUCUAAAGCGGGAACUUGCUCGUGCAGUGCGCCCUACCUCACCCGCUCCGGCCGAUAUAUCAGAGCAUGUUUAUCGUGAUAACAGCCUGAAUGGCUCUUACAAUGGUGGAAGAACCGACUCCCUGGGAAGGAGUGCAGGUAACCGCCUGAGCUUCACUUCGACGUUUUCCGGCGAGGACAAGGAGAAUGGAUACGACAGGGGCUCCCGAGUGUCCCCAACCUUACGCGAAGGCACUGAAAGUGGGAGGGCAAGUGCAGCAGGAAAUAGGGGCGGUGCAGAUUCCAUUGAAAGUUGGAAGCGGGCUGCCGAGGUAACAAGUCAAUUGAAGUUACGAAUCGAGGUAUUUGAGCUCCCCUCAUGCCCAACCUUUUUUUUUUUUUUGCUUUCCUUUUCUUACAAACAAACAAUGCAGCAAAUGAAAGCGAAACAAGGGCUAGCAAGAAAUCAGCAUUAGUGGUCUUUUAGUGUUACUGCGGGUUGUAAUUUUGGGAAAUUGGGCGAGGGGGUUCAAAAUGGAUCCGGAGUUUCUUUGUUUGCUAAAUGGCUUAAAGGGAAUCACUGAAGGACGAAGAAAACAAAAGUCUCUACCACAUAUUCUUUCUGUUGCAUAGUAGGGGUUUUUUUGUUUUUUCCUUCUUGUUUGAUUUCUUUUCUUCCUUUUCAUUUUUUUAUUUUUUUAUUUUUUAUCUUUUGUUGCAACGGAAAUUUACUGUAAUGUUGUGGAUUUUUACGGUAUGAUAGUCACUCAUUUGCUACCCUUCUUCCUUUUUUUUCUUCUUUUUUUUUUCUUUUCAAUUUUACCUAUCAUACUUUA